UUUAAGUAGUCCAUUUGCAAAAUACCGUGAAAACAUUUUGAGAAUGAGAAUCCAACCAAAAAAAAAAGAAAAGAAAACAAAAAACAAAAUAAUAAUAAAACGAACAACGGAAAAUUGAAACAAAAGCCAAUUAUGUUAUAAGAUCCUGCAUAGCUAACCACGAAAACCGCUUUUCCAGCACAGCAGUGGGUCCUGUCGCCUACAAGUGUUGGUAACUAUGCAUAUACACAUAUACGACUACAUAUACUGAACUGCUCAGCCAACACUUCACCAACAGCCACAAUUUUGUAUAGUGAGUUGGCGGCUCAGGGACAAUUAAAAGUUAAGUCGUCCACUUUGACGGUCAAUUGUGCGCCGAACGCUGCACAGAACGGUUAUCCCAAAGAAGGCUUUCGAAAUUUCGAAUAUAGAAUAAAUUGCCAUAUGAAGUAGAUUUUGAAAAAUUGUGCAAGGUGAAAAUUGUAUAAACAGUUUUUUAAAAAAGUUAUAUUUAACUAAGGGAAUUAAUGUAAAUUUUUAUUAAAACAUUUUGUGAAGAAAAAGUUAACGCAGAGACUUGCUGAGCAUUUGAUUGCAGGACGUAUACGAACAGAUUUUAAGUAAAACAAAUUUAAAAAAAUGUUGGCCUGGAAGGUGUGGUCAUUGGUUGGAUUACUGUGUGUACAUUCCGCAUUACAAAUCGAAACGGAUAAUAACUUUUUAAAUCACAAAUUAAGUGGCAUCAUUCAGUGGAAGUAUGAGAAGCGUCCAUUCUGUAAUGCCUUUACAGGUUGCGGUAAAAAGCGUUCAUCUCUCCCACCUUACCCCUUAUGGAAGCGCGCUGAAAUGGACGAAGCAAAAACUUAUAACAACGAAGAAAUGUCUGAGGGGCUAAGUGAUCUGAUCGAUAUAAAUGCUGAGCCAGCUGUAGAAAAUGUACAAAAACAAAUAAUGUCGCAGGCUAAAAUAUUCGAAGCCAUCAAAGAAGCGAGCAAGGAAAUAUUCCGACAGAAGAACAAACAAAAAAUGAGGCAGCGUGAAGAAGUCCAAGAUAAUACUGAAGGUGUCUAAACAACGAACAAUAAGGAAAAAUAACAACAACAAUAGAAAUAAAAAUGUAAUCGUAUAACUGGAAAAAGUAUUGAUUCUUUCAAGCAAAUCGAGCGCAGAGAU